AUGGUCCAAAGAAGGUCAGCUGAGCUCAACCCUAAUGUUUCCCUCACUAUCGCCAAACAUCUUUUCUCAAAGGAAUCAGAAAAGAAUAUCGUGUUUUCGCCUUUGUCUCUCCAAGUAGUGCUUGCAAUCAUCGCUGCUGGCUCUGACGGUUCCACACGACAACAGCUUCUCAACUUCCUCCAAUUCAAAUCCGCCUAUCAUCUCAACUCCUUCGUCUCUCAACUCAUUUCCGUCAUCUUCAAAGACGCUACUCCUUCUCAUGGUCCUCGCCUCUUUUUUGUCAAUAGUGUGUGGCUGGACAAAACCCUUUCUCCUCAACCUUCCUUCAAACAUAUCGUGACUACCGAUUACAAGGCCACUUUGUCUUCUGUUGAUUUCCAGAACAAGGCUAUUGAAGUGACUAAAGAAGUGAAUUUAUGGGCUAAAAAAGAGACAAAUGGCCUUAUUAAAAAAGUUGUUGCUCAAGAGUCGGUCAACAACUUAACCAGACUCAUCUUUGCUAAUGCACUGUAUUUUAAAGGAGCUUGGAUUCAACCGUUUUCUAGAUGUAUGACAAAAAAAUAUGAUUUUCACCUUCUGAAUGGCAGCUCAGUCAAGGUUCCCUUCAUGACCAGCAGCCUUGAUCAAUUUAUUAGAGCUUUUGAUGGUUUUAAAGUUCUUCGUCUUCCGUAUAAGCAAGGAAAAGAUGAGCGGAAAUUCUCUAUGUACAUUUUUCUUCCAAAUGCAAAAGAUGGACUAUCAGCUUUGGUUGAGAAGGUGGCUUCUGAAUUUGAGUUGCUAGAGCACAAGCUUCCUUAUAAAACAGCGCGAGUAGGUGGCUUCAAAAUUCCAAGAUUCAAAUUUUCAUCUAAGCUUGAAUCUUCUCAUAUGCUGAAAGACCUAGGAGUGAUUUUACCUUUCUCUUCUGGGGGUUUGACAAAAAUGGUGGACUCUCUUGAAGGUCAAAAUCUCUCCGUUAGCAACAUAUUUCAGAAGUGUUUUAUUGAAGUAAACGAAAAAGGCACUAAAGCUGUUGCAGCCAGUACUACAUUAUUUACCUUGGGUAGAUCAACCGGACUAGACUUUAUAGCUGAUCACCCUUUCUUAUUUUUAAUUAGAGAAGAUUUGACCCAAACAAUCCUCUUUGCCGGACAAGUGUUCAACCCUCUUUGCUAAGUGAUCUU